AUGUAUACAGAUACUACUAUGGAUCCCAAUGCGUUCUACGGGCUUCCUACCAACUAUGGAUGGUUUUACAUUCCCAAGAAAUUAUAUGCUACUGACUGGACUCUACCUGCCGUUAACGAAAAAAUCAAACAAGUGUAUCCGGACAUUGAACUGAAUGCUCCAUCUUUUCAGGAUAUCCAAGAUGUUAUAGACGACUGGUGCAUAGAAGCAAAGAUGGCCACAAAGCCAAAACCCACAAAAAUCACAAAAGCCGAUAAGGAAGAGUUAAAGCAUUUUAUGUUGUACAAACUGCAAUUGAAGCCCCUUAUGAGAGAACAAAACCGGAGUAAAAAGAGAUUGGCCAAAGAACAGGAUAUGAUGUUAAGGAAACUGCAGAAGGUGCAACGAGCCAAAGAAAGAGAAAAUGCAAUUGAGUAUGUAGCCAAGCAUGGAAAGUUCCCCGAAGACUAUGAUUUUUCUCAAAUUAAGCUCACCCAUGCCUGGAAUCAUUAUUCUGCUAAAUUCUAUAAAGAAGCUGGAGCCUCUGGUCAGACUAAGCAGAAUCUUUCAGUUCAAUGGAAGGAAAUGAGUAAAGAGAAGAAAGAGGAGUAUCGGGAAGAAUACAUACAACACCUCAAAGAGGGAAUUCUUUACCAACGAGGAGAACUAGUGCCAAUUAAAGAGAAGUUCAAGCUGCUCAGGAAAUAA